GUGAGUCUGUCUCUUCCCUUGCUGCGCCUGUAUGGGUUCUUUUCGACGCAAGCAGACAGACCUAAACUUCGCACAGAUCUACAGGCGUUUGACAUCACUGACGCUUUCUGGGCUUCCCUCUGGAAACCGGAUAAGUACGUAGAGGCGGCUCCUUUGAUUAAUGGAGCCGUUAGGAGGGGCAAGGUAUCUCGUUCCGUGUGUGUGUGGGCUGCUGCUGAAGUGACGACACAAAAGCUCUGCAGCGCCUCAGCAACUGAGAGGCGACAACUGGUGAUCUCACUGACCGUCCUGCUGCAUCUCAAAGGCGGGAACAAUCCGGAUACAGGUACCCGGGGAGAAGGCAGGUGAGCGCUUCGGCAGUUUAUCUAACAAGUUGUGUGGAGGAACUGGAAGGAGCCCAACUCUAAAAUGCCUGUGGCAACAUCCAGCUCAGACUCUGCCAUGCAUCAGGCUCUGGACACACUGAGCGACAGCACCAGCUCAACGACAGCUAAUGACCUGGAUCUCAUCUUCCUCAAAGGCAUCAUGGAGAGCCCAGUGGCCCACGAGCAUUUUGAAGAACCCAAACUUGAGGCGGUGAGUGAGAACAAUGUAGAGUUGGUCCAGGAUAUCCUCGAAGAGCUUGGUCCACUCACACACAGGAGCCAGGUUGCUGAAGAGCUCGUCCGUAUCCUGAAGGAACCUCACUUCCAGUCCCUCCUGGAGACCCAUGAUUCUGUGGCAUCCAAAACCUACGAAACGCCUCCUCCCAGCCCCUGUUCCUUCAUGGACGCAGCCCUCAAUAAUCAGCCUGUUCCACCAGAUGCAGUCAGGAUGGUGGGCAUCAGGAAGGUGUCUGGCGAGCACUUGGGAGUGACCUUUCGAGUGGAGAACAGUGAGCUGGUGAUUGCCAGGAUCCUUCACGGUGGCAUGAUUGACCAGCAAGGCCUGCUCCACGUGGGCGACAUCAUCAAGGAGGUGAACGGCAAGGAGGUGGACAAUGACCCUAAAGUGCUGCAGGAAAUGCUGAAGGAGGCAAGCGGCAGUGUGGUGCUGAAGAUCCUGCCCAGCUACCAGGAGCCACACACACCGAGACAGGCCUUUGUGAAGUGCAACUUUGAUUACGACCCCACUCACGAUAAUCUGAUUCCCUGUAAGGAGGCAGGUCUCAGCUUUACAAGUGGAGACAUUUUGCAGAUCUUUAACCAGGAAGAUCUUAACUGGUGGCAGGCCUGUCACAUAGAGGGAGGCAGCGCAGGCCUCAUUCCGAGCCAGCUUCUUGAGGAAAAGAGGAAAGCGUUUGUAAAGAGGGAUAUAGAACUUGCCACCACAGGUCCCUUGUGUGGAGGAAUGGGGGGUAAGAAGAAAAAAAAGAUGAUGUAUUUAACCACCAAGAAUGCAGAGUUUGAUCGGCAUGAGCUGCGGAUCUAUGAGGAGGUUGCCAAGGUCCCUCCUUUUAGGAGGAAGACGCUGGUUUUGAUUGGAGCACAGGGGGUCGGGCGUCGCAGUCUGAAGAACAAACUGCUUGUGUCGGAUCCCCAUCGAUACGGGACUACCACACCCUUCACCUCCAGAAAGCCGAAGGUAGAUGAAAGGGACGGUCAGAUGUAUGGUUUUAUGUCACGGACUGAGAUGGAGUGUGACAUUAAAAAUGGCCGUUUCCUGGAGCAUGGCGAGUAUGACGGUAACCUGUACGGCACAAAGAUCAACUCCAUACAUGAGGUGAUAGAAACAGGAAAGAUUUGUAUCCUGGAUGUCAACCCACAGGCCCUGAAAGUCCUGCGGACGUCUGAAUUCCUGCCCUACAUUUUGUUCAUUGAAGCCCCGGACUAUGAAGUCCUUAAAGCUAUGAAUAGGUCAGCAAUUGAAUCAGGAGUGGUCACAAAACAGUUGACGGACUCUGAACUAAAGAGGACAAUGGAUGAAAGUGAGCGCAUAAAGAGGGCCUACGGACAUUACUUUGAUCUUUGCAUCGUAAACGACGGUUUGGAGGCGGCCUUCCGAAGCCUCCGGCUGGCGCUGGAGAAACUUGCGAUGGAGAAUCAGUGGGUGCCGGUCAGCUGGGUGUUCUGAGCAUCAUCAGCAAGAGUCCGAGGACAGUUCAUUAUUUACAUUGAGGGAGCUGUGCAUCAGAAUUAAGCAAAAGUGACCAGCCUCAUGUAGAACAUUUUUGUAAAAAUUAAGUGUUCCUCAUUUGAGCCUAAUGUCAAGUUGUGAUUAAUUUGUCAACACUGGGUGUUUGUUGAGGAGGCUUUAGAGAUGAUGAGGUGUAGUGCAAUUGUGAGAUUGUAUAAAUGUGGACAAUAAACUGUGGACGUUUAUUUGGAGGGACAGUUUUAGCCUUCACAAAUCUUAAAUACUUUAUGUAGUGUAAUGUUUACAUUGGCUCUGUAGAAAGGAUAGAAGAAAGAUACCAAAUGUCACAUAUGUGUUGAAAAUGUAAUAUUUUGCCCUUUGACCACAUGGUAUGAUUGUACAUGUUUAGAAAUAUGCUUAAUCUUCUGCGUCUACACAGAUUUUAAGAAAACCGAAUGGCAAUAGUUACUGAAAUAUACAUGCAAAACAGUUAGUGACGCACUCUAAAGUGAACACACGCAUUUCUAUUUUCAGAAACACAAUGAAGAAUGUGGAGGAUUUACAUGCUGAGAUAUUUUUACAUGAAUUUUAUUUGUGUUUGAGUUUUAUCUGUAGCACCAACAACAAUCCAACCCUAAAAAGAAACAAGAAUAAUGAUCUCUAGUAGCCUAGACAAUAUUAUGCAUUGUUUAACGAAAGGAAAAUAUAUGACCUUAGCGUUUACUACUUGGACUCUAGAUGGAAGAGACUUUUUUGUUACUUUUUGAUGUACAAGCAGUAAAACAGAUUACCAGUGGCUUCAAAUUCAUGUUUACGCUUGCCUUAAUAUGGUUCAAAUGCCAAGGAAACAAUUUUUUCAUCAUGAAACUUUUCACUUCAAUUAGUGUACAUGUUCCUUAGGAAAAACACAUAAACAAGUUUGUCAGCUCAUAUAUUGUUCAUUCUAUCUUUCUUUUAACCUGUAGAAACUGUGUUGUAAUAAGGAGUGUAUAGAAUAACAUAAAGAAACACCUGGUGCUUUGAUUAUUCUGCUGGUAUGUAGAUGCAGUUGGAUGGCUAAACUUUAGUCUGGUCUUUUCAAGAUUUCUUAAAACUUUAUUUAGUUAAAAACAGCAUUCCACGUUUUUGUUAUGUAAUUUGGAAUUAAAGUCACAAUAUAAUAACUAGAACUGCAAGCAGUUAUUAACGAGUUCCAGCUUGAACUAGCAAGCCGCUCCUCCCAGCACAAAAUAUCACAGUCCCACCAACCCAGCAUAAUAUGACCUCAUUUUCCAUAGAGUCACAUUAGAGCUUGCUUGCAGAAGCACUUAGGCCUCAAAGGCUUAGCCCUGACAAUGCAUUCUGGCUAUUUGACAGCAUUAGAGAAAAAUUUGUAAAAACAUAAAAACUCCAAAGUUUGUCCUUAGUUCUCAAAAUAUUGCCAGUCAUUUCAUGACAGAGGCAUGAUACGUAAAUCCCAUGUCCUUAGACUUUUCAAAAGAAAAAUGGUAAUUUUCAUUUUCAGUGAACAAAGUAUUUCAUGCAAAUUUCAUAAGUUCACAAAAAAUCCAUACUGUGCCUGACAAUUCUCAAAAUAUUCCCAAUUAACCAUGUCUAUAUCUGCAAUAAGAUACAUUGUUUAAUAUGUUCCUAAAUUUAAUUAAAAAU